UAGCUGCUUGUGGGACACUGCCGUGUUCAAAGGCUUUGGACGCUGACGACCGUUCGGGACUCGAGACCCACAAACCUACCCCUGCACUUUGAUCGACUCGGCUUCACUUCCCAACCUCAAAGUCGGAGUGGGACGCCCGACCUUCAUUCCCUCCCUCUGGAAGAUAGAUAAUCCUGUUCUUAAACCUCGAGCCCCGUGUGAGCGGAGGAUUCCCCUGCCCACUCCUCCUCCCCCACCACCCCACCACCCACAAAUAAUAAUCCACCGCCAUAGAGUCUUUUCCCCAUGAUCCCAUACAGGAUAAUAACCCUCAGGGGUAUUCGGAUCCUCACCACCAGUCUGCUGUGUCUCGGGAUCUUCCUGUGCUCCUACACCUAUUACUACAGCUACAACGCCAGGUGGGAUGGGCGACUGUGUCAUUGUGAGCGCUGUGUGUCCGAGCUGGGCUUGAGCAACUGGUUCGAUAAACGCUUCAUCCCUGACCACAUCCCCCUCCUGACGAGGACAAACUACACACUGACUAAGGAGACCAGAAAUUGGUGGAUGCAACUGCAGAAAGAGCGUAAACCUGACAACCUGAGUCAGGUUAUAGCCAAGCUGUUUGAGCUGGGGCGGGGAGAGGACAACCUGCUCAUCCGACGUCACCGCGGGUGUCGGACUUGCGCCGUGGUCGGCAAUUCAGGCAAUCUCCUGGGAUCCCGCUACGGGAAGGACAUCGACGCCAACGAAAUUGUCUUCAGGAUGAACCAGGCUGUAACGAAGGGUUUUCAGCAGGACGUGGGCAGUCGGACCACCCAUCACUUCAUGUACCCGGAGAGUGCCAGAGACCUAGAGAACAACACCCACGUGAUCCUGAUCCCCUUUAAAGUACUGGACAUCAAGUGGAUCAUCAGCGCACUCACAACCGGUGAGGUGACCAGAACUUACAAACCUGUGAAAAGGAGGAUCAAAGUCAACAAAGAUAAGAUCCUAGUCUAUCACCCCCACUUCUUCAAGUACGUCUAUGAGAACUGGAACCAGCGGCACGGGAGAACCCCUUCCACCGGGAUGCUGGCCAUCAUAUUCGCGCUGCACGUCUGUGAUCAGGUGAACGUCUACGGGUUUGGGUGUAACUCCAAGGGUCACUGGCACCAUUACUGGGAGCAGAACAAAGGAGCCGGGGCGUUCCGCAUCACUGGCGUCCACAACGCCGAUUUCGAAGCCAACGUCACGAAAAUCCUGACCAACAUUCAGAAAGUGACCUUUCACCCCGGCAUCUGACUCCCCCCCACCCCCCCCCGCUCCAGAUUUCGCCAGCGACAACUGUACAUAAUAGAUUUUAUUUUUGCAAUGAUCGUAAAAGAUAUUUUUAUUGAUCAAGGCCAAGAGGUUUGAGGACUGGGAGAAUGGUGGUGGGGGUGGAUGGGUGGGUGGGUGGGCGUGAAUCAGGGUUAGAGCGCUUGGCAACGAAUGCAGUCACUACACGUCACAGUGAAGCUCUUUAGCGGCGUCUCGACCACACCAUAAGGCGUGGGGACAUGGCCGUGCACCUUCCCAUGUCGCGUUAGGACGUGAAAGGCGCUGUUUGGACGUGAAAGGCGCGCACACACACACACAC